GCCGAGGCUGCCCCUCGCCCUGCUCGGCGAGCUCACCAUGGCGGCCCCCGUGCCGGGGUGGCGGCUACGGCCGCUGGCAGUGUUGGUCCUGGUUUUGGCGCUGGCCUCCGGGCUCCCCGCGGCGGGAGCUGGGCAGACACCGCGCCCCGCCGAGCGAGGGCCGCCGGUGCGCCUCUUCACGGAGGAGGAGCUGGCCCGCUAUUCCGGGGAGGAGGAAGAUCAGCCCAUCUACAUGGCAGUGAAGGGAGUGGUGUUUGAUGUCACUUCUGGAAAGGAGUUUUAUGGAAGAGGAGCCCCCUACAAUGCCUUGACUGGGAAAGACUCCACCAGAGGGGUGGCCAAGAUGUCCCUGGAUCCUGCAGACCUCACCCAUGACAUUACGGGGCUCACGGCCAAGGAACUGGAGUCUCUGGAUGACAUCUUCACCAGAGUGUACAAGGCUAAAUAUCCCAUCAUCGGCUACACAGCCCGCAGGAUCCUUAACGAGGACGGCAGCCCCAACCUGGACUUCAAGCCUGAAGACCAGCCCCAUUUUGACAUAAAGGACGAGUUCUGAUGUCUUUCUGCAGGGUCAGGGUCUUUGGAGGGUGGGGCAUGGGGACAUCCAGAUGUUAAGUCUGCAAAAUCUGCUUCCUGAAGCCUCUGAAUUGCCAAGAUCUGAAUAAAAGAGAUGUUUAACCUG